AUGUCGGGUGUCAGGGAUGCACCGAUGUCUGAGGACAGGCGCGAGAAUGAGACCUCACGAUACGACGAGUUACUACGCACAACGUGUAAGCCCUUCAAUCAGAUCAACGUUGCCGGGCCCGAAAAGUCACCAGAUUCAGUCCUCACUGGUCUCGCCCAGUUGGCAACUUGUCAGACUAACACCGAGCGCUCAUUUGUAUCUUUAUUCGACGAGAUAAGCCAGUACAUAGUAGCCGAAGCAACGCCCUCCACGUCGCUACUAAACAGCUCAUCGUUGCACAAAAGCGAUGAGGAUCUCUUGCUCUGCGGCACCUACAUCCCUCGUGCCGAUGGGGCCUGUCACUAUGCUUUACGUGCUAUGGAGGAGACCUUGGAUGCCUCGUCUUCGCAAGAGUUGCCGGUAAUCGUUGUUCAAGACCUGGCUGCAGACCCAAGGUUUGCGUCAAGUCCCAAUUGUCGUCCAGGCAGUUUCGCUAGGUUUUACGCCGCCGUGCCUAUACGGUCUCCUCGGGGCAUCAACAUCGGUGUCUUGUGCGUCAUGAACCCUACGCCUGGGGGUAACUGGACAGACAAACAUUCAAAUGUCAUGCGGGGAUUGUCGCAAACAAUCAUGGAUCACCUCGAGGGCAAUCGAAUCAAACACUCUUUAAAGCGCAGCACGGCAAUGAGCCUUGGGCUGCAGAGAUUCACUGAGAGGGGGUUGCAUUCACCAGUCCAGAAAUCGCAUCUCGGCUCAGACCUUCAUGCGAGCGAAACCCCAACACAACACCACAAUGAAAAUAUCUCCCCCACAAAGUCUAUUCCACCAGAGAUCCUGAAACACCAACGCAAGGAUCCUACGUCCUCAAAUCCAUUUCUCAUCGCCGCCACCAUCAUCAAAGAAGCUCUGCCCGCUGAUAACUGCGCCUUUUUCAGCGGAGACUCGCGGGACCUUCAUUUAGUCCACUCACCAGAAACAGAGACUCAGUACGACUUCUCCCUCAAUGCAUCUUGCCUAAGUCCAGGCGUCUACAGUAACGCGAUUAACAAUGAUACCCCUACUGCCACCAAAUUCCAACCCUCUUGCCAGCUGCUUGGAUCAUCCAAUGCCCUCGGCUCCAACUACACAAAGGACUUUAGCAACAUUUCACAAAUAUUUCUAUCUCACAUGCUUCAAAAAUACCCCGAAGGUUGCAUAUUCGAAUUUGAGCCAAAAGGCUCAUCCACUCAUGAUGCGAAAAGUUUUGCUUCAAUUUCUGAAGAACAACGAUUACCACCGAGCAUCCUUUCGAAAACCGAACAACAUAUCUACGAACAACGUGAAUUGCAAGGGGCUUUCAACGGAGCCCGAUAUGUGGCAUUUAUACCUAUCUGGGAUCCUGUCAAGGCCCUGGUCUCCAUCGGCGGCUUUGCAUGGUCAAAGGGACUGCGGCGUGAGUCCGACAGAGACAGCGAAUUGCCUUUCUUCAGGGCGUUAGGCAUACUGGCGGCAUCCGAGGCCUUCCAAAUAGAAACACUGGCAGCCGACAAGGCCAAGUCAGAUGUUCUGGGCUCAAUAUCUCACGAGCUGCGCUCUCCACUUCACGGAAUCACGCUCGGCCUUGAACUGCUAAACGACUCUGGCUUAGGUGCAGCGCAGCAGAACAUAGCUCACUUGAUCGGUACUUGCUGCCGUACUCUUCUUGACACAACAGAGCAUCUUCUGGAUUUUACAAAGGUCAAUCAAUCGUUGGGGUCAGAUACAAUAGACGACGGCCGUUCGGAGGAAUCCACGAUCAGCACUGCACCCUCGAAUCGGGAGCAGAUCUUCAACAAAACUGUCCACCUGGACCAAAUUGCUGAGGAUGCAGUAGAGAGCGUUUAUGCAGGCCACAGCUAUCAGCAUGCGUCGAUCGCUCACAUCUUCAGUCCUUUCAACAGCCGAACGAGUGCCGACGUCAGCGCCCUUCGACGAAUGGACUCAAUAGAAGCGGCAGAGGCAAAGGUCAUCGACCAGAGGAAUCGACCACAGGGUGGUGUCGUUUCCGUGUUUUUGCUCUACGAUCCAAAGCUCCCAUGGAGCUUCCAAACGCGGGCCGGUGCUAUUCGCCGAAUUAUCAUGAACCUUUUUGGAAACUCGCUCAAGUACACAUCUCAGGGUUUCAUCAAGGUUACGUUGUCUCAAUCACAAUUAAAAGAUGCUACAGGCGGAGAGCGCAUGAUUGAACUGGUGGUUGAAGAUACGGGUCGCGGAAUCAGCGAGGACUUUCUCCGCAAUAAUGUCUUCAAGCCGUUCUCUCAAGAGGACCAAUUAUCUAGCGGGACGGGGCUGGGACUCAGUUUCGUCCAGAGGAUGACGUACCAGCUUGGAGGCACAAUAUCCAUCAGUAGCCAAGUCGAUGUUGGCACCAAAGUCACAGUGUCGAUACCCAUGGUGCAAGGUACAAGCUCUCCAGGGUCUGAAUUUGCGGUGUACGCACAAAGCCCAUGCCACGGCCUACGCGCCAAACUGGCCGGUCUGCCUCCAGGCCACGUGACCGCUCUUCAGCAUGAGUCUAUGACUUUCCAAGCCUUGAUGAGUGAUUUGUGCUUUGAGCGCCUCGGCAUGGUAUCGGACGCGUUAUCAGAGGUGGAACGACUAGCUCCAGAUGUCGUUGUUGUGCAGGACAGUUCAACAAGCAAUAUUUCAGAACUAGCGCAGUCAUGGCCCGACGCACCGGUACUGGUGGUUUGCAACAACGCACUUGUCGUUCAAAGAUACGAGUCAGCACACAUAUCGGCUGGACACACGGGAUUAUGUGGUUUUGUUGCACAACCCCUCACUCCGAACAAGCUAGCAAGGGCAGUCUCAAGAGCCAUCACCCUCUGGGCUGAGUUAGAAGACAGUUCACACAGCACAGGAACAAUACCACUGCCCACGCCCUCAGACACGGUAUCAUGCAGCCAACCGCCGACACCCGCCAUAGAGAGUCCCUUGGGCGGGCUGGUCCCAGCCCAAGACUACUUCCAGACCCCACAGUUCCUCCUAGUAGAAGACAACCCUAUAAACCUCAAGAUGCUAACUCAUUUUAUGAGGAAACUCCAAAAGCCGUAUCACACCGCAGUAAACGGGCAGGAAGCGGUGAAUGCGUAUAAAGAGACGCCGGGGCAGUUUAAGUGUGUACUCAUGGAUAUAUCUAUGCCGAUAAUGGACGGUCUAGAAGCUACGCGUCAGAUACGAGCCUUUGAGCGAUACAACGGAAUAGCUGCAUCCAAGAUCUUGGCUAUCACGGGACUUGGGUCUGAGAGUACGCGGGAGGAAGCAACUAGAAGCGGUGUCGAUGUUUUUAUGACGAAACCUGUCAAGCUGCGUGAGCUGGAAGCGGUUAUUAAUAGUUAA